AACGUAUCUGCCACUAAUGAAACUGAAACUGCCGAUAGCGAUGCUGAAUGUGUCCAAACAUGUAAGACUGAAGAUGACAAGAAACAGACACGAGGCAUUCCCCAAAGCUGGCCCCCGCCAAAAUACAGUAAAUGGCUUAUUUGUGACAGGGAAAGGAAUCUGCUAUUUUGCAAAGUUUGUAUGGAGUUUGGCCGUCCGGUUGGAAGAGAUGGAAAGCCUAAUCACUUUGUGACAGGUUCACUAGGUGCCCAGUAUGCUUCAGAAAUUAAACCAGGCCAGUCAGAAAUUGAAAAGGGGAUGAUACAUCUUAAUGAAAGAGAGACAGCAAAAUUAAGCAAACUAUUUGUAACAGCUUUCCACCUCGCACAACGUGAAAUGCCCUUUACAGAGUUUGUUGAAUUUUUGAGACUUCAGACUGUGAAUUUUGAUGUACAUCUUAUGAAAAACCAUUGUAGCGAUAAACAGGCAAGAACAUUUGUGAAGUUUAUUGCACAAAACAUUACAGCCACAAUUAUGAAUGAUGUGAAAGGGGGCUGCUUUACAAUUUUGUGUGAUGGUAGUACUGACAGUUCAGUGACUGAAGAGGAAAUAAUAUAUGUGAGAUACAUUGAGCAGGUUGAAUGUAAACCAGUUACAAAGUUCUUGUGUGUUUGGGGGUUAGAAAAAGCAGAUGCAGCAGGGAUAUAUGAAGCUAUUGACAAAGCUUUGACAGAGAUUGGAGAUUUUCCUAACUGGAAAGAAAAAGUUGUCUCUUUUACGUCAGAUGGAGCACCAGUAAUGAUGGGCAGAAAAGGAGGGGUGGCGGCAAAAUUAAGAAAUGAUGUCCCACAUGUGAUACCCAUUCCAUGUAUCGCACACAGAUUGGAGCUGGCCAUGAAGAAUGCUGGGAAAGAUCUGUCCUUGUUGAGUUCUCUUGACAAGCUCAUGGAGGACGUCUAUAAGUUCUACCAUUAUUCUCCACUAAACUGGACUGGACUACAGGAAACAGGAGAAGCCCUUAGCAUUAAGGUGGUUAGGCCAGUGAACAUAUAUGGGACAAGGUGGGCAGGGCAUAGACGCAGAGCCCUGAUGGCACUGAACACUGACUUUAUAGAUAUCUACACACACUGUACUCAAGUGAGCAUGACCAACAGAGGUGACUCCGGAGCCAAAGCAAGGCACAUAUUGGAUCGUUUGAAGUUACUAGAGUUUGUCCUAUUCAUGCACAUGAUGCUGUUUUACUUUGCUGCAUGUGCCAUGUUAUCAGAUGUUUUCCAGGACAAUGACACCUCCAUUGAUCUCAUCCCAGUCAGGAUGCAUGCUGCCUGUGCCAAGAUGACAGAAACUGAUGUGGAUAAGAUGGCUGUAGAUUUUCUCAAUGAGGAGGUAGUUGAUGGUAAAUACAAGACUGUACAACUUGAAAAGAAAAAGAGGGGCUGUUCCACUUAAGCUACUGUCAUAAAAAAGCCAAGACAAGAGUUCAAAACACGAACCAAAAACACAGCUGAAUCCUUGUAUGGUAGGAUUGCAGAGUUUGAAGGCAAUAGUGGUGUGAUGGAGGCCUUCCACAUCUUCACUCCUGUAAGUUGGCCACAGAAUAAAGAUGGGUUUGCUUCGUUUGGGAAGGAAGAAGUAAAACAAAUCACAAACCACUUCACAGAAUACCUCAUGAAAAAUGAUAUAUCCAAGGAGUCAUGCCUCACUGAAAUGCCAGAUGUUCUCAUGGAGGGCUCAGAUCUCUUCAAGAGAACUCCAGACAUUUCCUACAUAGAUCUUUGGUCUAAAGUGAUGAGACAAGACAAAGUGUACAAGAGGUACAGUAACAUACUGUCCCUUGUACAGAUAUCUCUUGUUCUAGCUGUGUCCUCUGCUGAGUGUGAGAGAGGGUUCUCCAUGAUGAGCAGAGUAAAAACAGACUGGAGAUCCAGGUUGAAGCCCUCCACCCUCUCUCAACUCAUGAAAGGUUGCCCAGUGCCAGACCCCAUUUGCAGACUACAACCCCAGAGGGGCUAUAGCAAGAUGGAUGAAGGGGGCUAAAGGUCCAAGGAGAUGGACCCCUGCUUAUGGCCCUAGGCUAGAACUGUCAGCUUAAGUAAUAGCUCUAGUAUUGAUGUUGAAGAGUCAAGUCAGUGAGUAACUAAAGUUUUCUUGAUGCAAAAUUAACAAUCCCUGUAGAGUAAAAAAGCUUUAUGUGACAGUGUUUAAUUAAAAAGAACAUCAAAGUCAUUUUCUGUAUUGUUUAUAUUGAUAAAUAUUUAUUACAGUGUCAUCAUGAUCCUUGGCACACUUCAAUGUGUUAGGGCACACCUGAAUUUUACAUUGGGUGCCCUAAGGCACCCUUGGAAAAAAAUACAUUUCUA